AUGACGGAACUGGAAAUGGUCACAGAAGAGAUGCUAGUGAAAGGCAUGAAUCCUGCUCACAUAUGCCGAGGACCUGAUGGAAGAUUUCAAGCAGUCUGGCAGGGAUCCAGUCAAGAGAUGCGACACUACAUUGUGCAGGAGGGAGAGAUAAAAACGAUUCUGAGAGAAGACGUCAAACAUGGUCGAGAAGGAUAUUAUCCAGCGUCACUUCAGGUUUACCGCGAAAAAAACCAAACCACUGCACUGAUUGUUUGGGAGAAGGGGUUUGGGGUUAGAUAUCGCAUACAAAGCGGAUCAAAUCUGACCGAGAUGGGCGAGGAGAUGAAUGGGACGAUGAUGCAGCCCCACCAGAUCACCGCUAUAUCAGGGAAAGCGCUAGGAUUCUUUUCGAGGUACUACGUGGUCUGGCAUUCCGGUGACUUCACAUGGGCUGAAAAAGACAUACCUUGUACAAAAGUGUUCGAUUCAACAUUUUUCAAUUUAACAGAGCUUGAUUUUGCUGUUGAGAAGCAGAUGCGUUUAUCUGACAUUCCUUCCAUGUCGCUAUGUAUUUACAAAAGAGGCAAGCGGCUACUUUCGGCCGCAUAUGGGUUCUCAGAUCUGAGGUCUGAGACAAGGGCAAGCCCCAUGAAUAGCUACCGCAUCGCCUCCAUCAGCAAAACUAUCACAGCCAUGGGAAUAGCAGAGCUAAUCAACAGACGUCUUCUCAAUCUCGAAGACAGAGUGUUCGGAGUCAAAGUUGAGUCCUACGCAAUCAGCUCACGUCCUUACAGUGAGUUUAUACAAGACGUGAUACUCAAACCUAAUAAGAUCGAUGCGCGAAUAGGUGAAGUUGAACCCAAAGACACCGAGGUCUCAUAUUACUCGCCAGACAAUGCCAAUCCUUACACUUAUUGGACGCCUUCAAAGCUAGAUGCUGCUGCUGGCUGGGUGAUGCGCCCGGAAGAGGUUGUUCGCUUAUUUCUGCUUGUCGAGUCUGCAAGAUUUUCUCGCUAUCAGAUAUUGACGCAGCGGAGUCCCGUCAAGCGCAAUUAUGGUCGGGGUAUCCAACUAGGAGAUGACGGGUCGCUGUACCAUCUUGGCUCUCUGGCCGGUUCAGAAGGCAUAGGAUUUUCAAGCUGGGAUACGCAGAUCGCUAUAUUCGUUAACAUGCGCGGGCGUGAACAAAGGGAGCAAACUGCUUGGAUGGAACGAUUAUGUCGGCUGGUUGUCAAGCCUAGCAACAUCCACUAUUGA